AUGAACAAUAGUUCAGAAGGAAAUAUUAAUGACGAAUUUGAAACGAUAGCUAGAGAAACGUUAGAUAGAAUAAUUGAAAUAAUCGAAAACGAAAGUAAUUUAGAAAUUGACGUAAACAAUACUGAUAGCGAAAUAGUUGACAACAUAGAAAUAGAUAAUUUAGACGAAGAAUUAGAUUUAUUUAGUGAAGAAAUACUUAAUGAACGUAUAGAAACUAAACCAAUAACCAGUGAUAUAUUAAAUAAAAGUUUACGAUUAAUAAACCUAGAAGAGUUUGAAAAUAGUCCUACCACUAGCGCAAUUCGUCAAGGGUUACGAAGUAGUAGAAAUACUAUACACACCGAAUAUAUUUAA